AUGACCAUCCAUGUAGAGGGGCUUGUGGCUAUCGCGCUCUUCUAUGUGCUGAUUCUGUUGGUGGGCAUCUGGGCGGCAUGGAAGAACAAGCACACCGGGGAGGCGGAGGGCACCGACCGCAGCGAAACCAUCAUGGUCGGAGGGAGAGACAUUGGAUUAUUUGUCGGUGGAUUCACCAUGACGGCUACCUGGGUUGGAGGAGGCUACAUAAAUGGCACAGCUGAGUAUGUGUAUCUUCCAGAUUAUGGCUUGGCUUGGGCUCAAGCCCCCUUUGGAUAUGCACUCAGUCUUGUUGUGGGUGGUUUAUUUUUUGCCAAACCCAUGCGCUCACGAGGUUACGUCACCAUGCUGGACCCUUUUCAGCAGAUGUAUGGGAAACGUAUGGGUGGCCUCCUCUUCAUACCCGCACUCAUGGGUGAGAUUUUCUGGUCUGCUGCCAUCUUAUCGGCCCUCGGUGCUACUCUGAGUGUCAUCGUGGACAUCAACAUUAAGAUGUCAGUGGUUAUCUCUGCACUCGUUGCAAUCUUUUACACCCUGGUUGGAGGACUUUACUCCGUGGCCUACACUGAUGUUGUGCAGCUGUUUUGUAUCUUUGUUGGCCUGUGGAUCAGCGUCCCCUUUGCUUUGAGCAACCCCGCGGUGUCAGACAUCACUGUCACUGCGGUGAAGCAGGUGUACCAGUCACCCUGGAGAGGCAGCGUCAGCAAGGCCGAUACCUGGGUCUGGAUCGAUAACUUCUGCCUCCUGAUGCUUGGAGGAAUCCCCUGGCAAGUGUACUUCCAGAGAGUCCUGUCAGUCUCCUCCGCUACCUACGCUCAAGUCCUCUCUUUUCUGGCUGCAUUCGGGUGCCUCAUCAUGGCUGUGCCCUCCGUUCUCAUCGGGGCCAUCGGGGCCUCCACAGACUGGAACCAGACAAGUUAUGGUAGUGCUUCUCCUAAAGAGAAGGAGCAAGCAGACAUGAUUCUACCCAUCGUACUCCAACACCUUUGCCCUCCGUUCGUCUCUUUUUUUGGCCUGGGUGCAGUUUCUGCUGCUGUAAUGUCAUCAGCAGACUCGUCCAUCCUUUCAGCAAGCUCCAUGUUUGCGAGGAACAUCUACCAGCUCGCCUUCAGACAGUCAGCAUCUGACCGCGAACUUGUGUGGGUGAUGCGUGUUACCAUCUUUGUGUUCGGCGGUCUUGCCACCUUGAUGGCGCUGGUAACUGGAACAGUUUACGGCCUCUGGUACCUAAGUUCAGACAUGGUUUACGUCAUCAUCUUCCCCCAGCUGCUCAGCGUGCUGUUUGUCAAAGGCACCAACACAUACGGCUCAGUGGCUGCGUACCUGUUCGGUCUGGUGCUGCGUAUAGGUGGAGGCGAACCCUACCUGCUGCUGCCUCCUUUCAUUUAUUACCCCGGCUGGACGACUGAGGAGCGGUUACACCCCAUGACUGGACAAAUGGAAGAAGUUGUUAUCCAGAAGUUCCCCUUCAAGACCAUCUCCAUGCUGGCAUCUUUUUUGGGCAACGUCGGUGUCUCAUACCUGGCAAAGUACCUGUUUGAGAGCGGUAAGAUUUCACACAAGUACGACUUUCUCGACGCGGUGGUGUCCAAGCACAGUGGAGAGAUUAUGGAUAAGACAACACUUGUAACUCGUGGCAACAACAUCGGGCUGUCGGAGAUGGCGCCCGUCAAACCGCGGCUGAGCGUGACCUUGGCGGCCGCCUUCACGCGCCGCGACACGCUGCCGACGGAAACGGUGGAGGAGGAGGAGGAGUCCAGCCCCGACUCCUCCCACCAUGAUGAGGAAUGA